CCAAUAUCAACAACAUUAACAUCUGUGCAUUGUGGCCGCCAGUCAGUUUAUUUUCUUUUCUUUCAACUUUCAUUAGAUGGUAGGAAUUUAUAAUAUGUAUCCUUUUGAUUAAUAUUUAUAUGUUGAUUUAAAGAUUUGAUAUUAAGUGACUUUCAUUACUAUGUCUUUAUAUGUAAAUGGAAAUGAUAAUGUUGAUAAAAAUGAUGAUAGUCUAGUUCCUUCACACCGUGGUAAUUCGACAAGAACGACAGCUUCUCCAUCGCAGGAUGAUGAACAGCUUCGCUUAGAUUCUGGAUUUCUAACUAAAAAGUCUACAAAGAUGACAACAUGUGAUGAAAACCUUAUAGUUAUGUCUAAGAAGAGAAGUAGAAGUGGGAGUCCAAUAAAUGAAAAAAGUAAUGGAUUCUUAAAGCGACUUAAAACGGAUGAUGUUGAUAGUAAUGGAAAUGACUUGAAGACUAUAUCAGAUGAUACAGCUUGCAAAUCUGAUUUAGAUAAAAAUGGAUCACAUGAAAUAGAAAAUCAUAACAGCUUGGAAACAAAUAACUGUGAACAAAAUGUUGGCAAAAUAUCAAAUAAUCACAAUAAUAAUAUUGUGGAUGAGAAUGUAAAUAUUAAGAAUAAACAACCAGAUUUGGAGAAAUGCAUGAUUUGUGGUCAAUUUUUGAAUAACUCUGACAUCAUAUAUUACCAAGGACAUCCUCAAGAUGCUGUGGAAGAGUUUGUAGCUUUGACUAAUGAAAAACUUGUUUUAUCUGCUGGUGAUGAAGGAGACGUUAUGGAAAGACCACAAACGAACAUAACGGGGUUCUCCAUAUUUGAUGAACAAGGCCAUUUGUGUCCUAUUGAUGGAGGGCUCAUCGAAAGUGAUGUUCGGAUCUUCAUGUCUGGCUACUUAAAGUCUAUCUGCUCUGAUUCCUCAGACAUUGACGAAGAAUCUGUGCCUGUAAAAGAUGUGGGCCCUAUUAUUGAAUGGUAUAUCCACGGUUUUGAUGGUGGGAAAAGAAAUUGCAUAACACUUUCAUCUGAAUUUGGAGAGUACAAUUUACUGAAGCCAAGUGAGGAAUAUACACCUUUGAUGAAUAAUCUUUAUGAGAAGAUCUGGUUAAGCAAAGUUGUAGUGGAAUAUUUAGAGGAGUAUCAUUAUCUGCAACCAACAUAUGAAGAUCUGCUGGAAGUGCUGCGAGAAGCUAGUAUCCCAGAACUGGAUGAUAAAAAAAUGAGUGAAGAAAUGCUACAUAAACAUGCACAGUUUGUUUGUGAUCAAGUUGUUAGUUUAGAGGCUGACGAGGAUGACGACCCAUUGAUAACUUUACCUUGUAUGAGGGAAUUAAUCAAACUGAUGGGCAUAAAAUUCGGCAAACGAAAAUUCAGAACUAAAAUAGAUUAUAAAAAGGUUGAUAAAAAAGCAUGGACGAAGGCAACUACAACACCUCUUGUAAGAAAAACAUUUGAAAGCUUCUUUUCAAAUCAGCUUGAUAAAACAAAUCAUGACUUGGUGCUGAGGAGAAGGAGAUGUGGUGUUUGUGAAGCUUGCCAGUUACCUGACUGUGGGGAGUGCAAUGCUUGUCGAGCUAUGGCGAAGUUUGGUGGCCAUGGGCGAACUAAAAAAGCAUGUGUGCGAAGACUUUGUCCAAAUAUGGCGGUCGAGCAAGCUGACGACUCGGAACCCGAAGACGACGAUGAUUACCAGCAAAUGGUUGAGAAGAAACAUCACGACAAGAUCGAUGAGGCCGUGCCAGUCAAACUGACUGGCAAUAAUAGAAAAAUUAAAUGGAUAGGAGAGCCGAUCAAAGCUGAUGCCUCUAAAGUUUAUUAUGAGAAAGUCGAAAUCGAAGGGUCUGAGCUCCUAAUAGGAGAUUAUGUUAUGGUAGAGACUUCACAACCGAAUAUACCAGCCCUAGUCGCGAGAGUAGUUUAUAUGUGGAAGGAAAAUAUUAAUCCCCAAAUAGGAUAUUUCCAUGGAGAAGUAUUUUAUAGAUCAUCAGACACAGUUUUGGGUGAAGUUGGCGACCCGCGAGAGGUAUUUUUGGGAGACAGAUGUUGUCACGGCGCCCCUCUCUCUUCAAUAUUAAGAAAAGCUUAUGUUGAAAAGAAGGUUACGCCACAAGACUGGUUCAAGCUCGGAGGUAAAGAAGUGAUCGACGAAACGUUUGAAGAUGACGGUAAAACAUACUUUUACAAAAAAUACUAUGAAAGAUUUACAGCCCGUUUUGAAGAUAUACCUGAGGACCCAAUUUGUCCUAAUGAAUUAAGAAAACAUAGAUUUUGUCCAUCAUGCGAACGCAAAACUAAGAGGGACGCAAAGAACAUUCCAAAAGUAUCUGGUAAACUGUUGGAAAAAUCAAAUAUAGUUUCAGAGGCCAACAGGACAGAGUGGACCUCAGUCACUUGGCAAGAAUAUGAUUAUAAAAAAGGUGGCGCCGUAUUCCUGAAACCGGGAACUUUUAAACUUAAAAACAGCUUGAACACAUCCAAUAGUAAUGUGAGUCAAAAACUCAAACUGGAUCAAGUUGAUGAAGACAUAUAUCCAGAAUAUUAUAGGAAAAGUGAUAACAACUUACGUGGGUCGAAUGUCGACACCGGGGAGCCUUUCUGCGUCGGCUACAUCGCGGCCGUCACCGCCGCCGGCGCGGGCCCGCUCAUUGUCCCGCAGGAUAUCUACCUCAAGGUCAACGUUCUGUACAGGCCUGAAAACACCUCCAGCCGCUUCCCCCAACACGAAGAUCUCAACGUAGUCUACUGGAGCGACGAAAUACGGGAGGUAUCGUUCUCUGCCGUCGUCGGACCCUGCCAGUUGAUCUACGAACAGAACGUACCGCAAAAUUUGUCACUCCACGAGUGGCUCGAGGCGGAUCCAAACCGCUUUUACUUCAGGAUGGCCUUCGACAAAUCAUCCGGGCGGAUCGUCGACGUCCCGCAAUCCGCGACAUCCGUCGGGCGGGCCGAGAGAGGGAAAGAUAAGGGCAAAGGAAAGGGGAAGUCCAGCAGCAAGCGAGCGGAGAGCGCGCAGCCGGCGGCGCCGCGGCCGCUGCGCGCGCUGGACGUGUUCGCGGGCUGCGGCGGGCUGUCGCGCGGGCUGCACGCGGCGGGCGCGGCCGCGAGUCGCUGGGCCGUGGAGCACGUGGCGGCGGCGGCGCGCGCCUUCGCGCUCAACAACGCGGGCUGCGCCGUGUUCGACGAGGACUGCAACGCGCUGCUCAAGGCCGCCAUGGACGCCGCCACGCACAGCCGCGCCGGGCUGCGGCUGCCGCGCCCGGGCGAGGUGGAGCUGCUGUGCGGCGGCCCGCCCUGCCAGGGCUUCUCCGGCAUGAACCGGUUCAACUCCAGGGAGUACUCCAACUUCAAGAACUCGCUGGUCGCCACCUACCUGUCCUACUGCGACUUCUACCGCCCGAAAUACUUCAUCCUCGAGAACGUGAGGAACUUCGUCGCUUUCAAGAAGGGAAUGGUGUUGAAGUUAACACUGCGAGCACUGCUGGAUAUGGGUUACCAGUGCACGUUCGGCAUACUGCAAGCGGGCCACUACGGGGUGCCGCAGACGCGGCGAAGGCUGAUCAUACUGGCGGCGGCGCCGGGGUUCCGGCUGCCGCAGUUCCCGGAGCCCACGCACGUGUUCAGCCGCCGCGCCUGCUCGCUGGCCGCCACCAUCGACGGCAAGCGCUUCUCCACCAACAUCCAGUGGGACGAGGCCGCGCCGAGACGAACUUGCACCAUACGCGACGCGAUGAGCGAUUUGCCACGAAUUUGCAAUGGAGCCAACAAAAUUGAAAUAGACUAUGGCUCGAUGCCGGAGAGUCAUUUCCAGAGAUUGAUAAGGAGCAGAGAUGAAACCGCGAAACUGCGCGAUCACAUUUGCAAGAAUAUGGCCCCUCUCAUACAAGCCAGGAUCAGCAGGGUGCCUACGACUUCGGGAUCGGAUUGGAGAGACUUGCCAAAUAUAUCUGUAACCCUUUCAGAUGGAACUAAGUGCAAGGUGUUACAAUACCGCUACGAGGACAAGAAGAAUGGGCGCUCUUCUACCGGAGCUAAACGCGGAGUAUGCGCGUGCGCAGCGGGAGGCGCUUGCUCUCCUCACGACAAGCAGGAGAACACGCUCAUACCUUGGUGUCUGCCGCACACCGCCAACAGACACAACCACUGGGCCGGCCUCUACGGGCGGCUGUCGUGGGACGGCUACUUCAGCACGACGGUGACGGACCCCGAGCCCAUGGGCAAGCAGGGCCGCGUGCUGCACCCCGAGCAGCCGCGCGUGGUGUCGGUGCGCGAGUGCGCGCGCUCGCAGGGCUUCCCCGACUCCUACCUCUUCGCGGGCUCCGUGCAGGACAAACAUCGACAGGUUGGUAAUGCUGUACCUCCGCCCUUAGGAGCAGCCUUAGGAAGAGAAAUAAAGAAGGCGUUAUCACAGAGCAUUGAAAACUUCAAAAAUCAUGAAUUUUCUGUUUAGUUUUAAGAUUUUCUGACAAUAAAUCAUAAUUAC